AUUUACUUUUGUACACUAAAAAUGAUCUCCAGCCAUUGAAGCCUGAUGGGUUCCGAACCCUGCACACCUUCUCGCGGUCGGGUCCGUUUGCCGGCCCGAUCUUAAGAUAACAGAACCCUGCUUCGCUCUUUUGAUAAGCCUUCUUACUUCCUCCCCAAGUCGCGAGAAUAGAAAGAGAGAACCCCUUUUUCCAUUUCCUACCUGCCCCUGCUCCUCGCUCUGCUCUCCGCCAUCCCCGCACAUACCUCGCCGCCUUCUUCUUUCUCUCGCGCCGAUGUCGAUCUUCGAGUACAAUGGGAGCGCCCUUGUGGCUAUGGUGGGCAAGAACUGCUUCGCGAUCGCGAGCGACCGGCGCCUCGGCGUUCAACUCCAGACCAUCGCGACCGACUUCCAGAGGAUCUUCAAGAUCCACGAUAAGCUCUAUGUUGGCCUCUCCGGCCUCGCCACCGACGCCCAAACCCUGUACCAGCGGCUUGCCUUCCGCCACAAGCUCUAUCAGCUGCGAGAGGAGAGGGAUAUGAAGCCCGAGACCUUCGCCAGCCUCGUAUCUGCUCUUCUUUAUGAGAAAAGGUUUGGCCCAUACUUUUGCCAGCCAGUAAUUGCUGGAUUAGGAGAUGACAAUGUGCCAUUUAUUUGUACUAUGGAUUGCCUUGGUGCCAAGGAACUUGCCAAAGACUUUGUUGUUUCUGGUACAGCGUCGGAGUCUCUUUAUGGUGCUUGUGAAUCCAUGUACAAGCCUAACAUGGAACCAGAAGAAUUAUUCGAGACAAUCUCACAAGCACUACUGUCAUCUGUUGAUCGUGAUUGUUUGAGCGGUUGGGGAGGGCAUGUCCUCGUUGUGACACCAACCGAAGUGCAGGAACGAACAUUGAAGGGAAGGAUGGAUUAAUCUAAUGAAAACUCAGUACUGGCUAUAUGUUCCCAGAAAACUGCUGCUUUGUUCUCCAAUUGCAGAAACUAACAAAUGAUUUAUCAUUGAGUCUCUGUUUUGUUAGACUGUACUUUCGUAAACCUGAGAGUUUCUUUUCAUUCCUACAGUCUUGUUUUUUAUUAAACUCAAUAUGAAAUCUGGAUAUGGGUUGUUGCAUCUACCUCUCAA